GCCCGCAACUACAAACUCCGCAAGGUCAUGGUGGACGGGGACAUCCCCCCCCGGGUGAAGAAGGACGCCCACGAGCUCAUUCUCGACUUCAUCCGCUCCCGGCCCCCACUGAAGCAGGAGUUCAGCCACCCCGUGGAGAGCCUGGCCCUCACGGUGGAGGAGAUGAUCAACGUGCGCAGGGUGCUGGUCAAGGCCGAGAUGGAGAAGUUCCUGCAGAGCAAGGAGCUGUACAGCAGCCUGCGGAAGGGGAAGGUCUGUCCCUGUCCUCGUCCCCAUCCCUGUCCCCAUCCCUGUCCCCAAGUCCCUGUCCCUGCCCCAUCCCUGUCCCCAUCCCCAUCCCACCCUGAUGCCCGCGCCCGGCAGAUGAAGAUGCCUUCCAAGAAGCUGGCUCACAUCCCUGUCUACGCGCUGGGCUUCGAGAGCCUCCCAGGCUCGCUGCUGGCCAAAGCCCUGCCACUGCGGAGGAGAGAGACCUUCCACUCACUCCCGGGCACGUGCUGGCGCCGGGUGGAAGAGGAGUUCCCCCACAUCUACGCCCAGGGCUCCGUCCUACGCGACGUCUGCAAACUGGGCAUGAGUGUCGGGGUGGUCAAACAGUGGGUGAGACUGGUUUUAGGAACGUUCCUGCCAUGUUCCCAGCUCCAUGAGAUCCUGGUGCUGGAGGUCAGGGUUCAGGUGGACCCUGAUGGCAUAGAUGGGUCCUUGGGGUGA